AUGUACUGGGUCAUUUAUGAGUUCCUCACCAACACCACUCACAAAGGGAGCUCUGGAGACCCAGAGCGACGACAGUCUCCAGGGCUUAAGGCCACAAGCCUGCCCCGACAGCGCAGCGGCCCAGAGCCCCAGCUCGCCUGCGCACCCCGCACACCCCAACUCCGGGGCGCUCGGCCCACCCCUCCCCCGCUCUGCCUGGCUCCUACGCCAUCGCCCUCCCAGCGGCUCGCGGCGCCCGCCUGGACUCACACCAGCCCCACCCCACCCCCCAACCUGCCCCACGGGGGGAGGGGGCACAAGGCUGCAAAAUUAACCCUUAGGGGGCGCGCAGCGCGGCCCCUCCCACGGCUCCGGGCGAUCGCGCCCCCUGCCGCCGCUCGCUCGGUUGCCACACCAGGGGCCCCUCCGUCACCCCCCCCACAAGCGUCGCCUGCGCCUGGGGGCGGGGCCAGGUUCAGCCCGCGACCCCUAAGCCCCCAGGUCAACCCCAAAGGGGAACAGCGCCGCUGCCGCGGAGAGGAGGCCGGCGCGGCGCAGCCGACAUACGGCUCCAGGCUCCUAGCUCCAGGCUUGGACCGAGUGGUCUCAGCGGCCUUCCCUGGGACCAAUCCGAAGGAGACCGCACUGCUUAGGGCCGCCGGGCCAAUAGGCACCCGGUGGGGUGCUAGCCAGCCGGGCUGUGGCUCCCCCGAGAACCCAGGUCACAAUGGCUGGAGGUCUGAGGGGUCAAGGUCCCCUGAGCCAGGAGGAGAAGAGGAAAUCCAAGGAAAGAUGGCUGGAAAUCAACUCUACUCCAACCUGCCUGAUUUCACCCAACCAUCACCACCAUCCACUCCAGGCAGCCUCCCCUCAAAGCAAUGCUUCCACUUCCGACCCUCUGAUGCCACCAAGGGCCUGCUUGUGGCCCUGCUGGGUGGGGGCCUGUUUGCAGCCUUCGUGGGACUCGCCUCCCGUAUCGCUUACCAGACUUCUGGCUUCCCCUCGUUGGAGCUGCUCAUCUGCAGAUGUCUCUUCCACCUCCCUUUUGCUCUGCUACUGAAAUUUCUUGGUGACCCACUGUUGGGACCUCCUGAAGCCCGGGGACGGGCCUGCUUUCACGCCAUACUCAAUGUCCUCGGCAUUGGAUGUGCCUACAGUGCAGUGCAGUUGGUGCCUACUGGCAAUGCUGUGACUGUUGGCAAAGGUUCUUCCACCAUCUGCUCCGCUCUCCUCGUCCUCUGCUUAGAGCGCCAGGGUCUCAGUCGCUACGACUGGUGUGGCCUGUUGGGCAGCACCCUGGGGCUCAUCAUCAUUGUGGGACCUGGACUAGGAACACUGCAAGAGGGGACGACUGGGCUCUACACUGCCAUCGGCUAUGUGCUGGCUUUUGUGGGGGGCCUGGCACUGGCACUGGGGCUUCAAGUGUAUCGCUCCCUACACUUUCCCUCCUGCCUACCAACAGUGGCCUUCCUGUUUGGCCUGGUGGGGCUAGUGGGCUCCGUGCCAGGCCUCUUUUUCCUGCAGACCCCUGUCCUUCCUAAAGACCCUCUGACUUGGAGUUGUGUAGUGGCGGUGGGUACCUGCUCCCUAUUCUCCUAUUUGUGUGUGCGCUAUGCAGUCACUAAAGCCCACCCUGCUCUGGUAUGUGCUGUCCUGCACUCCGAGGUGGUGGUGGCCCUCAUACUGCAAUAUUACGUGCUUGACGAGGCAGUGGCACUUUCUGACAUCAUGGGAGCAGGAAUUGUGUUGGGCAGCAUCCUCAUUAUCACAGUCAAGAAACUCAGCUGCGAGAAGGAAGAAGAGGAAGAGGAC